CCUUUCCUCCUUCCUUCCCUCCUUCCCUAUUGGCACUUCCUUGUUUACCUGCAAUUCUUUUUACUAGAACUCUUUGAUAUGUAUGCAGUUACCACUGUAUUUGAUGUCCACUCCUGAAAAGGACUCAGGUAUAUAAAAUAAUGUUUUCCCCUUCGUAACGGCCUGAAUAUUGAGAUAUCUUUCUUAACAGUACAUACAGUAUUUCAUCUAAUAACUGUGGUAGUGCAUCUUGCUUAUGUCAUAAACAAAACUAAUAAUGUGAACGUACUGUUAAGGGAGAUAUCUCAGUAAUUUUGUUCAUACAGUGCAAACAGCCAUAAUGUGGUUUCCUUAUUUGCUGUUUAGUGUGAUGUAUGAAUGAAACCAAAUAUAGUUCAUCCAACACACCCUGAUUGAUGGCAGUAUGAUACACAAGAAGAGGAUUUUAAUUUGAAACAAUUUUGAAAAAUAGACUUGACAAAAUUAUAUAUUGGGAAAUAACAAACAUGCUGUUGUCUUGACUCUCUGUUCUUUUGCCCAACCUGAUGCCUUCCUGAUGUGCAAUGCGGUGGCAUAGUUGCACUUCCUGAUGUGCAUUGGGCAACAUGUGUCACAGAGCUCCAUUAAACUUUUGAGGAAAUCCUAGAACAUGAUGAAGAAAACAAUGAUGCAAAUUGUGUGGAUCUAUUUUUCUUUGUUUUUUAAAACUAUGUUAAUCUUUCUGAAGGACAUGCAAUUUCAAGUUUUGUAUCUCAUAUGGUAACAAAUAUUACCAGUAGCAGCAGUAGCAGUCAGAGGAAUCUCUGGGUUAUAGUUUGUCAUACUUAUUCUACAAAUUUUAGUCCAGUGCCAGCUAGGAAAUAUUGCUUUUUAUUUACACAUAAAAAUCAAUUUAUUUAAUUUAUAUUAAUUUAUAAUAAUUUAAUUUAUAAUGCUCGUAUAACCAUUCCCAAUAAUUCUACUGUCUUGAAGACUAAUUGCUAUUUUCUUCUUCUGACAUUGCUGGGAAUUUGGAGAAAAAAAGUAAGAAAGUGCAGCCUGUUAUAGUUCAGAAAACUAAAGUCAGGAAAUUCUCUGGCCCAGAUUAUGAAACAGGAACUUGCAUGUAAAUAGACUUGAGCUCCUUACAAAUAGAUUAUAGCUAUCUUUAAUUAACACCCUAUCUCUUUUGAAGAAUACUUUGAAGAAAUGCUUAGUGCUGUAUGUGAUGAAGAAGUAUAAUGGUUUCAAGAACUCUACCUUGAAAUAGUCACAGUGGUGUAGAAAGAGGAAAAUCUGUUCUAUUUAGUUUAGUGCAGUGGAUUUACAGCAUUUUGCACAUCUGUACAAAUAAAAAAAAUGAGUUAAUGAAUUUCAAUCAAUUUCAGUGUAAGGUAUGGAACAGUGUAAAUCUGGAUAACUUGUAAGACUAUUUUUUCUGGCAUUCCUGACUUAUUGAACUAUAGGAAUUUUGUUUUUUAUCUCUUCUGUGCCACAGUAUUCUUUUACUGUUUCAUAUAGGGUAAUUAAAUCAUGAACUAAUCACAUACAUUGGAUCUGUCCAAUACCCUAGGUUAAAAUAUCCUGUUUGUGGUUCAGUGUAUCAUUAAAUUAGAGGACUAGGCUGAAUAAAUUGUGGUUCAAUUAACAUGAGGUAUUCAUUUCAGAUGAGUAUAGCUAUUCUCUCACUUCAAAUGAUUACUUUGGCCUUAGCCAUAUGGCUAAGUAGGAGGCAACAACUGGCUGACUUUGGAAAAUACCGUAAGUAUAGUUUGGAUUGGUUAGUAUUUGAAUGGAAAUCAUAGCUAGAGGCUAGUUUGCGAAGUUGCAAAAGAAAGAAGGCAGCAGCAACUUAUUUCUAUAUUACUUAAAAAAAAAACACAAAUUAACUAAUUUGCAUUUAUAAUAUAUCUUGCUGUAAACCAGUAAGACUUGUUGGUACUACACAACAUGUUGGUACUACACAACAGCUCAGGGAAUUGGUAAAUUAGAAACAAAGGCUUGACAAGAAUGUUGACUUAAUAUCCCAGUCUAGUUUUCACAGUACCAUGGUGCUCCUAACUCAGCAAUUGAUCUCUUGCUAAACCUGAAGGUACUGCUUUCAUAAUAAAAACAAUAGCAGAAAUACAAGCUAUAAAGAGUGAAGGAGUUUGCAGGGUGUGUGGAAUAUAAAUUGAUUCAGUUAGAAGCCAAAUGGGCAAGUCUAUUACAAAAAAUAGGGGUCUUGCAAAGUUAUCUGGGAUGUGUUUGGUUCUGUUAGUUCUGAGAUAGGAUGCUUGUGACAUUAGCUUUGCCACUUGUUGAUUGGAUCCCUGCUUUUCUGGUUGGUUCUGUCACCAACUAAAGAGGUGACAGAAGCUGGAUUAGAGGAGUAAUGACUACAUCCUUGAGAAAAAGGGUGGUUCUAUCUGCCUUGAAAGAGGUGAUGGUGUACUACUACCAACCCAGGACACUAACACAGGUGUCAAAGUGGCGGCCCACAGGCUGGAUGUGUCAUGUGCAGGCCAUGCCCACCCCAGCUCCAUAAAUGGGGGAAAAGUUGUGAAAUGUCACAUGGCAACAUGAUGCAGCAAGUUUGACACCCGUGCUUUAACACUUUCAUUCAUACAUUUCAUUGGAAAUGUAAGCUUAGGGUUUCUGACUAAAGCAGUGCAUAUGCCUGAGUGAGUGGAUAAGUAGAUGAAUAAAUGCAUAGUAUUUGGAUCAACUAUUUGGUUUGUGCAAACUGCUAUCAGAGACGAGAGGAAUCCUGACAUUUUUAUAUGAAUCUGGAGACAUAAUUUAGAGAUUUUGGGAGUGGGAUUGGGGUAUCAUUUUAUGGUUUCUGGACAUUAAGAAUUCACUCUUAACGCAGUGAACUAUGUAGAAAUAUCAUUUGUAAGGGUUGAUAAAGUGGGUCUUUUGAGUAGGUAUAAUACGUUUUGGAAGCUUUAAAGUAUUGUAAUAGCGGAGAGAUAGUUUUUUAACAGAUUGGGACCAAAUUAGAAAUUUAAAGUCUGGGCAUUUUGACAUCCUGUAAAAAAACAAUUACAUAUUUAUUUUUCUGCUCCUUCUCAUAGAAACAUAUGAUGCAGGGUGCAAAUCCUAAAAUUUCUAGAAUGUUUUAUUUUCAGACAUAUUUUGCUUUAAUGUACAAUUUAUAAUGAUUCAUACAUGAAUUGUAUUAUGCAAUUUAUAGUACAAUAUUUACUGAUAAUGAUAAUAUUAAUAAAGAGUAUUAAGUCUUGAUCCUGUUGUUGUCUUAUAAGUCUGUGUCACAACUAUUUUGAGAGAGAAGUGAAAAAUGCAUCAACAAAGAGGAGAGGUUUGGAAUACUUCUAGUUCCAGUAUUUUCAGAACUAGAAGGAGGAAAGAAUUCAAGAAAUAUAUGUUGAAUGUUUUUGUAUUUUAAAAUGUCUCUCUGGUCAAAUUCAUCUUUUGGUGAUACAAGUGGUUUGUCGUUUCUUUUACAAUGUUGCUUUGACAUCCCAAUCUACUUUACAUCUCAGGGAUUGCUGGUGUUCUAUCCAGGACUAACCAGGUCCAAUCCUGUUUGCCUUGUGAGCCUCAUAAAGAGUUGAGAACAGCAUGGUUCUAGAAAGAAGAUGGGCUCUACUAGGUUAACUGCAAAAGAACUAUGUGAGAAUGAUGACCUUGCCACAACGCUAAUUCUUGACUCCUAUCUUGGAUUUAAGACUCAUAAAAUGAAUGUAAGCCCACUUCCAGCCAUCAGGAGGAAGCACCAUUUACGGGAGGCAGUAGAAGCUUUCCGGAAGCGCAAGGACCUAGAAGCAGCAUAUCAAGCCUUGGUGCAGGGUGGCUGGGCCUGCCAGUAUUUUGCAAACCGGAGCCAUCAGCAGGAAGCUGCCCUCAAGACUCAUAUUUUUCGGUACCUUCGCGUUUUCCUUCCUGAGAGCGGUUUUGCCAUCAGGCGCUGUAGUCGAUAUUCCUUAGAAAUAAAUGGAGCCCGGAUAGUGUCUACAAAAUCAUGGAGAAAGAAUGAUAAACUGGAGCUUUUAGAAGGCUACAUUGCAGAACUGACAGAACCCGAUGAGAGCCUCCUCCGAGCAGGUGAAAAUGACUUCAGCAUCAUGUACUCCACCCGGAAACAGUGUGCCCAGCUUUGGCUAGGGCCUGCAGCCUUCAUUAAUCAUGACUGCAGACCAAACUGUAAGUUUGUCCCAAUGGAUGGGAACACUGCUUGUGUCAAGGUGCUGCGGGACAUUGAGCCAGAUGAUGAGAUCACAUGCUUCUAUGGUGACGGCUUCUUUGGGGAGAACAAUGAGUUAUGCGAAUGCCACACUUGUGAAAGAAAGGGCGAAGGAGCUUUUCGCCUUCUGAAUCAGACACCAUUGCUAGCUACCUCAGUCAGUGAGAAAUACCUACUGAGAGAGACAGACGGACGUCUGCAGAGGUGGAAAAAUCAGUCUUGCAAACUUGCUCAACGUAAUGUGAAAGUGCGACACAAAGCCCGACGCAGGAAAUCAAAAUUACGUGGUGCUGUACACAGAUAUACCACUCGCUGGUAUCUUAAGAUGCUCAAACCUUUAUAUAUCCCACUGCACAACUGCUUGGCCUGCAGAACACGUGGAUGCAAGCUCCGUAAGCAGCCUCUGGUGUGUCUGCUUCGUUGUCCUUCUCCUAUGUUAUCUGUAUUGCACCUCAGGCAGUCUUUGGGAAACAAGAAUUGCUACUACAAGGCCCAGGAAAGCUGCUCUCCUAUACAGAUGCAUAAUUGCCCUGAAAGCCCUGGCUUGGCCAACCAGGGCAGCCUGAUAGUGAAUCUUGGGAAGAGAAUUCCCUUGGACUGGGCAAGGUUUCAUAGGGAAGUAGCGUGUGACACUAAGGAGGAAAACGCCAAUCAGGAGUUUAGCCAGGGGACCGAGGAAGAUGAUUCAAGGGAUAUGGAGAGUCAUGCUGAUGUUAAAGAAUCCUAUGAAUCAGGAUCUGGGGUUCUCCAUUCAGGAGAGCAAAUCCCCCUUGAUUCUUCAGGUUCUCUUUCAUCCAGUCAGUUCUUGUGCAGAACAAGGAGCACGGCCCAGCGCCAAGCUCAGGUUUUGCCCCAAUCUGAGUUGUCAUUACCAAUGGUAGACCCCAAGCUUUCCCAGUAUGCUCACGUCCGCCUGGAAGGCCCACCUUUUGGAGGCAGGCAGUGCUGGCAGCAGCCCCCUUCAGACAAGACGGAGAAGGAACAAGCGGAGGAGCAGCAUCUUCCUAAGCGGAUGGUUUCCUUUCCUCCUUUUGUUCCACCCAAACGGCUUCGACUGGUAGUGAGCCAUGGUUCCAUCAACCUCGAGGUAGCUGCAAGCUCCUGUGAGGAGAUGUCCUCUGACCUGGCUGAUCUUCUGUGAUUGAAAACAAGACUUUAGCUUAUUAUUGAAUUUACCCAUGAUAACCAUCUACCAGAAUUCGCCUGAAAUUAUCCAUCUUUUUGUUGUGCCCUUCUCCCCAUCACCUUGUAUGGGUUGGUAACAUCUCUUCUGAAGUCCCUUUGUCCCCAGGUGGGCACAAAGCUGCCUGUGCUAAAAAUGCAACCUUGUGUUCAACUCCUACUUUUUCCAUUGAAAUUGAUAUUUCAGUUGUCUUUCCAGAGUACUUCCUUUAUCACUUCCUCACUAUUCCUUUAAAAAAAAAUCUCCACUACUUUGCCAAACUUCACUGUAUAGUCUUGAAACCUAAGCCAUAUAGUAGACUGCAUGGAGGCUUUGGAUUGCCUCCUGGUCUUUUCUUUGAACUCUACUUUCUCUUCCACAGUCCUUUCCUCUUUCUACUCUUGAUAUCUCCAUGCUCUGGUUUAUAGCACUGUAGUCAUAGACUUCUUGACAGAUGAACAUGGUAUUUUGGCAUUUAUUGUCCCUACAAAGUGGUGAAGUGACUUGUGGAGAAAAGAAAACCAGCAUCUAAUCAGGGAAGUCUCUUUAAAACUUAUUGUGAGAAAACCAGCAACCAGAAGUGCACAUUGGCAUGCAGCCUAAACUGUUCGGUCCAUUUAGCCUAAAGGCUGUUCAAUGCUAAACAGGCUUAUAUAGGGAAUUAAAUGUUCUUGCUCCUCUUCCUUUGCCGUCUCACUGUUUGGGUGCCUAUUGUUACAAGACAGCUAAUUUUCUAGUUUUGGAAGCUACUUUUAUAUUAGUUAAUCUGUGUGACUUGUUUCUUCUCCCAGCCAGAGUUUUAAACAAGUGUCUGCUGGGCCUUUUUAGAAUCUUAAUGAACUUUAGAUAUUCAGGUGCUUUAUAUUUGAUAAAGUUGAGCUGCUUGGCUCAGGGGCAUUGCGAUAAAGGGGCUUCCUUCUGUGAGAGGCUGAUGAGCAAGAUAAAAGUUCUACUCAGUUUAAUGUGGCCUAAUUCAGUUCAAAGUCAUAUAUGGUAAGUGGAUUUGCUGUAUAUUUUUCCCAUUCAUCUUGCCAUGACAGGAUUUUGAACAGAUAGGGCACAUUCUGGUAGAAAACUGAGUGCAAGGUAUAUGGGGAGAGGUGGUGGCAAUUGAAUGGGUGAAACAUGGUGGUCAAGUUUUUCUUUUAAGUGCUUGCUUUGUUUUGAAAUUUUGUGGAAUCCUUUGUGGUGUUGACUUUGGAUACAUAUCCAAGAGUCUUAGGACAGCCUGAUGUUCCUUUUUCAACUCCUCUUUUUUUGUUUGUUUGGUAUUGUAGUUUUGGUGCAGUUAGCGUUAGAGAAGCUUGUCUAGAUGACUUGAAGGUUAUGUUAAAAUGGAGGUUAAGCUGUGCACAUUUGAGAAUAAACUCCAGUAAACUUAGACUUUCUAUUAAAUUUCUAUGGGUAGAAUCCAGCAUAGGUUCUUUGAUCUCUGAAGUUGGAAAAUCUGAAUUAUAGAGCUUUUAGAGUAGCAACUAGUUUGUCUGGCAUGCAUUUUUGGUCUGAGAUACAUAAUAUAUUGCAAUUCUGGCUUUUUCAUUGCUCUACAAAACAGGUGCUGAUUCCUGGGAAACCACUGUAAUUUUAAAAGUAGUUUUAGAUACUAGCUUUGAAAAGGUAGAAUGAGCUGAUGCUCUUCAACCUGUCCUGAGAAUGAAAUCUUAAGAAGAAUAACCACAGACAAUGCAUAUUCAUGUAAAAAUAUUACAGAAAUAAUACAGACACAGGGACAGUAGAAACAACAGUUUUUAAACAAAUUAAUUGGGGAGGCAUAACAAUAGCAUAUUUUUGGUAACAAUUUGAAUAUUUUCCUAUAAGUGGUUCAUAUGAUUGUCCAGAAUUACCACUGUCUGUGGACAUUCUUCAUUUUAUUCUCCCAGGACUGUAUGAAGAAAGAUAAUUUAAAAAACGUUAGUGAACUUGAUAAAGGUGAUCCUUAACUUAUGACCAUAAUUGGGACUAGAAUUUUAAUCGCUAAACAACGCUUAGUCAUUGGCCAAGGACUCACUCUAAGCAUUCCAGGAUUGGUCCCUUUAAGACCUGAACAUGCCUAUCUCUCCCCACCCCACCCCCACCCCCAAUCUCUGCCCUUUUGGCUGCAGCGCUUCCAAUUCUAGUU